AUGGACGAUCAAUUCAACGGUCGAACCGACGACGAUCUCUUUGCCGACGACUUUGAGCCCGUGGAGCAGACAUAUGUAGAGCCUGCGCCAGCCCCGACCACGGCACCAGAAGCAGAACCCGUACCCAGCGCCCCUGCGACAACUGUCCCCAAGCCAGAGCAGCCUUCUACGCGCAGCAAACCGGGCUCCCUCUCGCAAUCGCGACAUAACGUCCACAAGAACCGGUCCCCAUCGAAACCGGCGACGGCAACGAGCUCUACCAAGGCAGCCGAGCCCACUCAGGCAAGCAGCGCGACAUCAAACACAUCACCAACAAAUGGCACGCCGCAACCCGUCGCAACGGCCAGCGCUGCCCCGACAAAUGCGCCAAAAGGCCCUUCUGCUGCCACGACUGGGCCCAACACGGCAGGCCCCAAUCGGCAUCUCAGCGGCGCCAACCCGCGUACCAAACUGUCUGCUGCCCAACUCGACCAGAAGAUGGCGGAUAUGAGGAUUGCAAACGCGGAACGCACGCGCAAGUUCCAGGAGGCCACGCUGGACGAAAAGUCGCAUGAUCUCGCGCUGAAAAAGGGCGAGGAGGAGGCGCGCAAGCGUAGGGCCGAGGAAGCUGAGCGCAAGAAGCGCAACGAUGAAGACCGCAAAAAGUUGGAGGACGAGCGCCAGCGCAAUCGCGAAAGGAAGCUCAAGUCGCAGGGUCUCUGGGAUCAGCAAAAAAUGCUCACCGACGAACCCGAGAAGAGGAACUUUCGAAGUGCUCAGGGUGGCGUCCGCGGCGAGCGGCGAGGCGGUCUCGGAGGCAGUCGUUUUGCCGACCAGGAUGAAAGCCGUGACCAAUCAAGUCAGAGCGCCAGAGAUGCCAACAGUGGUGAAGGUCGCGGCCGGGGCAGGGGAAGAGGUCGAGGCGCGGCAAGAGGUGAUCGGGGUGCGAGGUCAGCCUUCAACCAAGGCACUGAGCGCGCCAACAAUGGCAACGUGCCCAACAAAUCAGUGGAUUCUCCGCCAAAGCCCGAGGACUUUCCAUCUCUGCCGCCGCAACCCAAGGUCGACACUGCCGACAAAGGCCCUGCUAUCAAAUCCACUGACCUCCCAUUUCUUCCACCUAGUCUCAAUUCUCCCCUCAUAGGACAAUGGGAUGAUGAAAUGGCUGCUCUCGACGCUCAACGCGAAGAGCAAACCCAGCGAGAUGCCCAUCCCGCCUAG